CAUAUUCGUGAAUAGUAGAUAUUAAUCAACAAGACAUCAAUGAAUAUAAAGAAAAAACUUGGAUUUAAAUAUCACACUAAAAUGGUUCAAUCAUAAAAAAAUUUCAGUUUCGAUUUGGUUUAUUUUUUAUCUACAAUUUAUAUGUUUCGAGCUGGGUAUAAUAACUGAUAAAUGAAUUUCAUAAAAAUAAAAUCUGUUGCGUGGAUCUUCUAUUGUAAUUUGAGUACACGGAUAUUACAACUUUUCCCAGUCCCAGGCAUGAACAAUUGUUACAAUUAUUUCUUGACAAUGGCGCGGCGUUUUGUGAUUUGACACUUGAAAUCAGUAAAAUCAUUUACGAGUUAUACAAAAUAUGAUGAUUUAUAGUUUAUUUUAUCUUCACAGACCACAACAAGGGUGUGGUUAUCAUUCAAGGCUAUUUCGGCGAAUUAACAUCGUAAUAAAUGGCAAUUGAUGAGAUUGAAAUAUGACAAAUUUCUGUAAUUUGAAACAAUUUGGCUGCUCCGGAACAAACACACACUAGGACAUAUGGCCAAGUUAUAACUACGUCCAAAAAUAUACAUAUUCAGGGCUUUAUUAAGACUGCACACAUGGUAAGUUGGGUUUUUGUAAGUUUUGAAUGAGAGCUAAAGUUUUACUACUGUCAUUUGGUAAUUAGGAGUACGAUGACCCGAUGCAACGCGGACGUAAUGUUUGUUUAACAAUAAAAUUUAUGUAGUUAUUUUGCCGAUGCAGUCUCUUACACUAUUCAAAAUGAUUUAUUAAUUCGCAUGUUUUAUUGUCACAAAGAUAAUCAAACCCAGAACAUGCUCGAUUCAUUUCAAACCAAGAAAAAUUAUCAAUGCGUGUAGGGGGAUUAUGUAAAUAAAGUAAACACACGCCCAUAUCGUUUCGAAUUUUAUGGGAAUAGUAAGCACGAUGUGACGCAAAAUACUGCAAUAUACCAUUUCUAGGAAAAGGCGAGGCUUACGGUAAUUAUUGAAUUUAAAGUUGUAUAAAUGUACCGUUUUGCAUAAAAAUAUUUUGAAGUUGUAAUUGAGUCGUCGGGUGCAAGUUUGGCGAAUGAACGAAAAAAAUGUAUUACUGCAAAGAGUAUGUAAAAGUGGACUAUGUUCAUAAGGACAUAAGCGCGUAUGUUCAACCGAGUAGUUUAGUUAGAGGACGUUGAUUGGUGGAGUAUGAUAGAACAAGUCAUUGCAUACAUUAAUCGAAUAAGUGUAAAUUUACACCUAUAAAACGUAUAGGGUAGUCUUUGUUCGAUUAUGCUCUGCAGAAAUGCCUUAUUCAUCGACAUGCAUUGUGAAUUUCAAAAUAACAUAGACAUAUUACAUUUCACGAUUGGCGGUUUUCGUUCUUCAUUAGUAGCACACAUAUUAAUGAUCGAAUCGAAUCACCAAAUAAUCAAUAUUAAAAUAUUUAUAAGAACAAUCAUAUUUGAUUAUUAUAGCUCUAUAAAAUAAGGGCAACGAACAUAAAUCAGUGCUUUUACCAAAUUUUCAAAAUUCAAAGCACAGGCGUAUAGUAUACGUUGUGGAGCAAAUUUACACCAACAUCACAUACUUUUUUAUUGCGUUUUCACGACUUCUGUCUAAACGAGCUCACGGGCAAUGAGCCUCUUAUAAUCAUGGGGUGACUGAGAUAUAAAAUUACUUAGUCUCGCAUAUAUUACCAAAAUUGUUUGGUGCAAGGGUUAACCGCUAGUCAUGGCUCUAUUUAUUUGAACUAACCAACACAUUAAUCAUAGAGCCAUCUGUUUAUGGAGCUAUAAAACUAUUAAACUUGCAUAUUUCCCUAUUCUUUAAAACUAUAUGAGAUAUUUUAAAGGAGAAUUUUGUGUCAUCGAUAAUUAUAUGUAUUUAAUUUAAUAGCAUAUCUAUUUUGAAUUCCCGCUCAACCUAAAAUACAUAUGGAUUUCACGAAACUUUUCGCAUUUCUCACAUUUGUGGCAAUUUGUCAGGGACAUAGUGACAUUGCACAAAAUUUAGCUCGACUUAUUCAGCACGUUGCAAAUCCAGAUGAACUGUAUAUUCCACCAACACGGGAGACGCCUCAGAACAAAGAGAAGACAACGCAGCAUAGAGCUGUUGGCGAUCCUCCGAAAGUUAUGACAACGUCAGGCGAAGCGGAAGGUAUUUCAAAUGACAUUGGACACGCGUUUUAUCAGAUUCCAUAUGCGGAGCCACCAAUAGGGCUCCUGAGGUGGCAGCCGCCGGUACCAAUUCAAAAUCCAACGGCUUUCACGGCAUCUGUUAACGAAGGACUCCAAUGUCAUCAGUUUGAGGUUGACUGCUUACUUCCGACUACAAUCAUUGAGUGUCGCAAAAUUAACAUGGAUGAAGAUUGUUUAGUUUUAAACGUGUUUGUCCCGAAGUACAUCGAUUUAUUCAAUUCGACUUUUCCGCCUACUGAAAGACUACCUGUGAUGUUUUACAUCCAUGGUGGAUUUUUUUACGCCGGAGCUGGAACAAGAACGUCCUUAGAUGGACAAGAGUUAGCCAAUGUUACAAACACAGUAGUAGUCACCAUCAACUAUCGUCUUGGUCCAUUGGGAUUUUUAUACCACGUAGAAGAAGGAAAGGAUGAUAUUAAUGGAAAUCAAGGGCUGAAAGAUCAACAACUUGCCAUGAAAUGGGUUCAAGAUAACAUUGCUAACUUUGGGGGAGAUAAGACAAAGGUAACUUUAUUUGGAAACAGUGCAGGAGCGCAAUCGAUCAUGUUUCAUACAUUAUCCGAUGUCAGUAAAAGUUUGUACUCUGGUGCAAUUCAACAAAGUAAUCCAGCUGUCUUCAAAUAUCCUACCCCAGAAGAAUCUUUAAAGAUUACCGGCUAUCUCACCACUAGCUUACGAUGCAAUGAAAGUGAAUCUAUGCGUGAUUGUUUGAUGGAUGCGGAACCCAGAGCCAUAAUUAACCGGCUGGUACCGGUGAGCGGUCUGGCUCUUCUGAACGGCGACGUCGACACCUUAAUCGAGCCAUAUCGUCCACUCAUUGACGGAGUAGAAUUUACUAAGCAACCUUUGGCAUUAUUCAAAGAUGGAAAGUGGAAUUCAGAAAAAAAUAUGAUUGUUGGAGUAACUACGGAAGAACUAGAAGAUAUCCAGUUUUAUCUUCCUGAAAAUCUAACCGUUGGAAGAAGUCUUUUUACGGUUGUCAACUACAUUAUAUUUGGUCCGGAAAAAACAGACACAGUUGUAAAGAAGUAUGAAACAGACUAUCCACCUGGCCCAGGAGAAGAUUGGGCAGUUACCUUUGGAAUUGAAAUGACGCAUCUAUUUUUUAUAUGUCCUAGCAGGGCCAUGGCCAGAUAUGCUUCGGAAAGUACAACGGGCGAAAAGAAAGUUUAUUUCUUCGCAGACGACCAUCCUGUACUGGAUAGAGUAUGUGUUGAAAGGAAUGACGGAAAUGCAGAAAAUUGUUAUUAUGCGACACACGCAGACGAAAUUGAAUUUGUAUUCAGAACAACAAAUAGCAUCCUGACAGACGAUCUUAUCGUUGAAGAUCAGUUCAGUACUUACUGGGGAAGUUUUGCUAGAACAGGAAAUCCAUCAAACAAUCUUGAAACCCCGUUAGGAGAUUAUCCGGAUUGGCCGCAUUAUACUUCUCAAAACGGAAGUUUUCUCAAGUCGAUAAAAUUAUCGGUCAACGAAGAGAGAAGUUACGACAUAGGGCAAAUUUAUGGAAAAAUUUUACCAAUUUUGGUACAAUCCAAUAACAUAGAUGAAAAGACUGUGGAAAUGUGGCAGAAUAUACGCAUAAAAGCGCCGAUCAGUGAAAUUGAAACCGAAUAUGAAGAUGACAUUUGUGACUUUUGGGAUAGCAUAGGAUAUUACAUGGAUCCGAUACCUUUGCCUACAACUACAACAAUCUCAACAACGACCACUGAAGGGAAUCCUACGGAACCACCCCCUGAGACAACAACAAGCAAUGCGAGGCCGCUGACGUAUUCAACUGUUCUCAAUCUUGUGUUCUUCUCCAUCUUUAUCUUCAUGCCCUAACACAAAUCCUAAAUAAAAUACCUACUGUCUUGAAUUCUAA